UCGAGUUUGUUUACAUCCUUUCAUGAAUAGCUUCAGACUGACAGUUUGCUUUUGUCAUGUGAGUAGGUAGGUGUUAAAGAUAGGUAAGGAGAUGCUGGCUUAGAGAAAACCUAUGGUUUACUGGAUGAUAAACAGUAUAAUUUUUCACUUGUAUAUCUAUUACACUUUGGUUUAAAAAAGACUUCUGAACUUGUACUUAGUUGCAGUACAGAGGAAGGAAAGUUAAGUGUCCAGGUCCCCCAUGGACUGGGAUGUGAUGAUCUUAUAUGUGUAAUUGUAUUUGAACGUUAAACCAGAAUGAUUUCAGCAUGUACGAAGUACGUGUUUACCUUACAGAAAUCAUGGGGGCUUGGGAGGUGUUUAUACAUGUCAAGCACACCCCUCCCGUGGAUUCUCUCAGCUUUUUAGAGACUAGAAUUGAGUGUGUUGUAGUUCAGUGUGAGGUCUCAUUCGUCACCCUUUAGGACACGGUAUGCAUUGCACUGAGGCUUUUUAAAAUAUGUGGUCGGCAGCAAAGUUCAGUUGUAAGCUGGCAUGUAUAAAAGAACACAAUUUGAUCAAAAUGCAAUGCUAGAUUUAUUUCAGAUCUAUGUAGUGGUGGGAUUUUUUCCUCUUUAAUAAUGUAAUAUAAGGUAUAUACUAUGGAUGCUCUUGAGGGUGAGAUGACCUUUUGCCUCAGACUUGUUGUAUUUAAUAUGAUUUUGAAGAAAGUUUUUCCCACUCUUUUGUAAACUUUUUUUUUUUUUGUGUGUGUGUGGGUUGACGCUUCCAGACCGUUACUGGAAAUCUUUCAUAAUCCCUGUUUACUAGUUAGUUGGAAAACCAGAAGCACACCGAUGUUCUUGAUGAAAUAUGUUUUUAAGGGUGCUGAUUUAAAAGAGGUGCAUAUCGAAAUAACCUUUUUAAAAAGACAUAAAUAAAGGUUCUUUCUGGGAAUAAAAAUGAACUUGGUAGAUACAAUUUCUGCAAGAUGCAGUGCUUGGAAACAUGCAUGCUCUCGUUAUUUACUUUCUUGCCUGACGUUUCCCUUCCUUGUUAUUUUUGGACCACCACUUCAAAAUCAUUGUUACGUGUGGGUUGCUUUGAGGGUUUUUUUGUUUCUUUUUGUCUUCUCCGUAUAAGGGAGGAAAAAGAAACCUACAAAAGUGUGGUUACAGAAAGCAUACCUUUUCACCUCAUCACUUUAUUCAUACUGUUACAUUUACAAAAUGUGUAGAUUUUGGUAUUAUUAUUAUUUUUAUAGAAUGAAACGAGGAAGGAAAACUACUGAGGCUAACAGCAGUUCAUCUGAAGAGACAACUGAGAAAGAAUCCAAGAGACACAAGGUCACAGACAAGAAAACCAUAGUCGUGCAGAGUCCAGACUGGGCGAACCUGCUUCAGGACAUUAUCCUACAGGUGUUUCAGUAUUUGCCCCUUCUGGAUCGUGCUCAUGCAUCACAGGUCUGCCGAAGCUGGAACCAAGUGUUUCAUAUGCCUGAUCUUUGGAGGUGUUUUGAGUUUGAACUGAAUCAGCCAGCUACAUCUUACUUGAGGGCUACACAUCCUGAACUAAUCAAGCAAAUAAUAAAGAGGCAUUCCAAUCACCUGCAGUAUGUAAGCUUCAAGGUGGACAGUAGCAAAGAAUCUGCAGAAGCAGCUUGUGAUAUUUUAUCACAGCUUGUGAAUUGCUCUCUGAAAACUCUUGGGUUAAUUUCAACUGCGCGGCCAAGCUUCAUGGAUUUACCAAAGUCUCACUUUAUCUCUGCACUGACAGUGGUGUUCGUAAACUCCAAAUCCCUCUCUUCACUUAAGAUUGAUGAUACACCAGUAGAUGAUCCAUCUCUCAAAGUGCUAGUGGCUAACAACAGCGACACACUCAAACUGCUCAAAAUGAGCAGUUGUCCUCACGUUUCUCCAGCUGGUAUCCUUUGCGUGGCUGACCAGUGUCAUGGCUUACGUGAGCUGGCGCUGAACUACCACCUGCUGAGCGAUGAGCUGCUGCUUGCUUUGUCUUCGGAAAAACACGUCAGGUUGGAACACUUGCGCAUUGAUGUUGUCAGUGAGAACCCCGGACAGACUCAGUUCCACACGAUUCAGAAGAGCAGCUGGGACGCUUUCAUCAAGCAUUCUCCUAAAGUAAAUUUAGUCAUGUACUUUUUCUUGUACGAAGAAGAGUUUGACCCGUUCUUUCGUUACGAAAUACCCGUCACUCACCUUUACUUUGGAAGAUCGGUAAGCAAAGACGUGCUUGGCCGCGUUGGGAUGACGUGUCCUCGGUUGGUUGAACUGGUUGUGUGCGCCAAUGGAUUACGGCCACUGGAUGAGGAGCUGAUCCGUAUUGCAGAACGUUGCAAGUAUCUAUCAGCCGUUGGCCUCGGAGAAUGUGAAGUCUCUUGCAGUGCCUUUGUUGAGUUUGUGAAGAUGUGUGGUGGUCGUCUCUCGCAGCUUUCUAUUAUGGAGGAAGUUUUGAUUCCUGAUCAGAAAUACAGUUUAGAGCAGAUUCAUUGGGAAGUUUCAAAGCAUCUCGGUAGAGUCUGGUUCCCGGACAUGAUGCCCACAUGGUAAAGUCCUUAAAAGACUUCAGGGCAGAUGGAAUAGCACCUUAAACCCAAGCUUACCAUAUUGCAAUUUGCUGUAUAAGCUUAUUUAAUAAUACAGUUUUUACUGUAAGUUACUUCAUGGUUUGAUUAGAAAAUUAGUUUUUCAUUCAGAAUUAUUUAUGAGAUCCAGAUUCAAAAACAGAAAUCGUGGAUAGCUCCAAACCCCCUUUUUAUCCAGAUGAAAAUCCGUUUUCUGUUCUAGAUUUGUUCUUUGUCAUUGACAGUGACCUCAGACUUUUAUGGAAAUAAAAAAUGUAUUUAAACUGUGGAAAUGUACCUGCAAAAUAUCAAUUUUAAUAGGCUGUUCUUUCAUUUAGAUACUAGUAUUGAACAGGAUCAGAUCUGAUCUUAAAACCAAACAAAGCCACACAAAAGUUGCGUGCUUCUGGUGCAGACUACAGACAGCAGUUCUAAACCCAGGCACCUAGAUGGCAAGAUUUGAGAUGAUGAGGCCUAUUUAGUAGGCUGUGAAAUAAUACAUUCUUUUAUAUAAAAGUCAUAAAAGGCAAGAGCAAUACACAAUAACAUAGUUUAGACGACUAAAAUACUAAGUUUGUUACCUUAUUCAACAGAUUAUUAGAUCCACCUAAAAUGUAUUUGGAGUGCAAACCAAUAGUAGCGCGAGCUACCAGAAGUGGGGUGGUUUUUCUUCCCCUCUACGCAUUUUAAUGUAGUUUGCUUAUGGGGCCUCAGAUCUGUUUCUAAACCUGUUUUAAGGUAUUUUAUGUCUAGCUCAGGAAAUGAAAGCAUUCUGGGGAAAAAUGUAGAUACAUUGUAUUUAAACCACAUUGGAGUUAAUGAGCUUUUCUUGCCCAUUAACCAGUUUUGCAGCAUAGGGUCAGAUGGAAUAAGGUGUAGUUUAUUAAGUGAACCCUGAAGUGUUAAAUGCGAUGACGUGGAUGUGAAGAGCAUGAGAUGUGAAGGUUAAAAUUUAAGUGAUGACCAAGAAUCUGCUAACAAAACCUUAGACCUUUUGGCUGCUUUCAAUUUGAGAGAAAUGACAUUGUAACAGUUGCUUAAGCUGUAUAAACUAAUUGUAUACUGUAAAUCUGUUUCAGAAACAUUUAUGUAUAAAGUGAAUGUUUGAUAGAUGAUCAUUUUGUAUCCCUUGAAUUAAGCUAGCUCGAUCACUUCAUAUUUAAAAACCUAACAGGAGUAAACUUGCGUGGAGUAGAGCAAUAGGCAAAACCUUGUUUCGAAUAUUUGGUACAUCAGUUUUAUUAAAGAAAGUUUUUAGUCUGUAAGUGCUGUAGGCAGCGUAUUGCCUGUGAUCUGGAUGUGGCUUGUGACUUCAUUUCUUACCGCCACCAGUUACAUUAUUUUCUCUCCUCCGUUAUUGAUGGGUAACGCUGAAGUCUUCACGUGGCUGCUGAACGUGUUUGGAAGCCAUCAGCAAGGCAGAGUUGCUCCGGCUAUGGGCCAGGCUCAGCUUAGCAGGCAGCCUCUUCUUGUGUGAGUGGUACAGCUACUCCUGAAUAUAAGUAGAUUUUCUUCAUUUCUGACUUGAGAAGGUUUAUCCAAAUGUAUAGUUCAAGUGUAAUACACUUCAGAGCGUAUUUAAGUUCAUAACUAUUUUGAGCAAGCAGUGCUCAGUGGACUGGACAUCUUUAUAGGGGAGUUGUAUGUUUCUUUAGAGAUUGGAUUUAAAAAUUGCAUUUUCUGAAAUACGCAUUUUUUGUAUUAGAAUUUGUUAAAUCAAUGUAAUACUAUAAUUUGCUUUUAUUUGUAUAAAAGGUGUCAAUAUAUUUAGUCCGUAACAGUAA